AACUCAGCAGCCAGGUGACAGCGGAGACAGCAGCGACUCUACGCAGCCCAACACGCAACAUAAAGACAUUUGUCAGCGCCUAAUUCAAGUGGAGUACUCACAUAUGUGUCCUCUAAUAUUGCUUUAACUUUUUAGUUUUACAUUUACGUGAUUUAAAAGGCAUCUCCUCCGCUCGCUGUUGCAGAGUAGUUAGCUAGCAGGUUGACGUUAGCUCCUCUGACAGAGACCCCAACGGUGGUUCUAUCUCUGACCGACCAACAGCGUCAACAUGUCGGACCCGGCCGUGGAGGUGAAACUGGAGGUGAAACAGGCCAGCAAAGAGGUGAAAGAGAGCGAAAAUGUAGCUGAAAAAUAUUCAGCUAUGACCGUAAGCAAGAACAGCGAAAUGAACAUGGGAGACCUGUCGUCCGCCUUCAGCGCGGUGCCCACUCACAAACCUGUCAAAAAGCAAAUCCAGUUUGUGGAGGACAAGCAGGAGUUCAGCAGGUUCCCUACAAAGGCAGGCCGUCGCUCGCUGUCCCGCUCCAUCUCUCAGUCGUCCACAGACAGCUACGGCUCCGCUGCUUCCUAUACGGAUAGCUCUGACGAUGAGACUUCACCACGGGACAAAACUCAGGUCAACUCCAAGGGCAGCAGCGACUUCUGUGUGAAGAACAUCAAACAGGCUGAGUUUGGCAGACGUGAGAUUGAGAUCGCUGAACAAGAUAUGACGGCGCUGAUCUCUCUCAGGAAGAGAGCACAGAGUGAGAAACCGUUGGCAGGUGCCAAAAUCGUGGGCUGCACUCACAUCACCGCCCAGACUGCAGUGCUGAUCGAGACUCUGGUGGCUCUCGGGGCUCAGUGCCGCUGGACUGCGUGUAACAUCUACUCCACACAAAAUGAAGUGGCUGCUGCUCUGUCAGAGACCGGUGUGGCUGUGUUUGCCUGGAAAGGGGAGUCUGAGGAUGAUUUCUGGUGGUGCAUUGACCGCUGUGUCAACAAUGAGGGUUGGCAGCCUAACAUGAUCCUUGAUGAUGGAGGAGACCUGACACACUGGAUGUACAAGAAGUACCCCAACGUAUUCAAGAAGAUCAGGGGCAUUGUAGAGGAGAGUGUCACUGGGGUUCACAGGUUGUAUCAGCUGUCUAAAGCUGGAAAGCUGUGUGUCCCCGCUAUGAAUGUGAACGACUCUGUGACCAAGCAGAAGUUCGACAACCUGUACUGCUGCAGAGAGUCAAUCCUGGACGGCCUGAAGAGAACCACAGAUGUCAUGUUCGGAGGCAAACAGGUGGUCAUAUGCGGGUACGGUGAGGUUGGAAAAGGUUGCUGUGCCGCCCUGAAGGCUCUGGGAUCCGUCGUCAGCAUCACGGAGAUCGAUCCCAUCUGUGCCCUGCAGGCCUGCAUGGACGGGUUCAGGGUGGUGAAGCUGAAUGAGGUCAUUCGUCAGGUUGAUGUCAUCAUCACUUGCACUGGGAACAAGAAUGUGGUGACCAGAGACCAGCUGGACCGAAUGAAAAACGGCUCUAUUGUCUGCAACAUGGGCCACUCCAACACUGAGAUUGAUGUGGCGAGUCUCCGGACCCCCGAGCUGACCUGGGAGAGGGUGCGCUCUCAGGUGGAUCAUGUCAUCUGGCCCGAUGGCAAGAGGGUCAUCCUUCUGGCUGAGGGACGUCUCCUUAACCUGAGCUGCUCCACUGUCCCCACCUUUGUGUUGUCCAUCACAGCCACCACUCAGGCCCUGGCCCUUAUAGAGUUGUACAACGCUCCUGAGGGACGAUACAAGCAGGAUGUUUACUUGCUCCCCAAGAAGAUGGAUGAGUACGUGGCCAGUCUGCAUCUGACCACUUUUGAUGCUCACCUGACGGAGCUUUCUGAUGAUCAGGCAAAAUACCUGGGCCUGAACAAGAACGGCCCUUUCAAACCCAACUACUACAGGUAUUAGUCUGCAGGGAGCCAUACUUCAGCUCGCUCAAAUGUAAACGCUACAAUCACCUUUCCAUAAGACAAGAACAAGAUUUAUGUAUACUGUAUUUUAUACUCUUCACAGUACUCUGCAUACUCUAGAAUAGGUUAUAUUAAGUUCUAUUUUACUGAUCACAGCAAGUUUUGGCACUUAUAUCUGCUGUAUAGUGGGAUUUUUAUUUUCAGGUGCAUCUGUUCACAAACCUGCUGACUCCUGGCUACUAUAGAGUUCUGUCUUGGAUAUUAAAUGUAUCAUUAUAGUGUGCCAAAAGACUGUGACGGGGAAGGGUUGUAGUUGUUGUGAAAUGUUAAUGGUUAGUUGUGGAAUCAGUUAAACCUGCAUUACGCGAUACUUUUAAAAUGUAAGCUCCUCAAGUGUUUAGAUGCUUUUAAUUCCAUGUUUUGGCUCUCUCAACAACACUUUGUAUGAAACUGGUGGCAGUCAUUUCCAGAAAAUAAAUCGUAGACAAGCCUUGCUUUCCAUAAAACACCAGAGAGGCAUUUUAAACUCCUGACUGGGAAAGAAAGUAAUGCUCCAACUGUUUCUCUCAGGAGAAGGGGAAAUAAAACACCUUAUAUGGGGGCAGGGGGCGAGAAAUUGAACUAGGAGUUGCUGUUCGUCUGCUAGAUGUUUAAGUAAGCAGUUACUUGCUGACAAAUGAGCAAUAACAACUAGAUAACCUGAUUUGUAAAACAGUCUUUGAGUUUGUUUCUGCCCCCCCAGUGGUCAGAUAUCGCUUACUGCAGCCUUUAACGAUUUCUCCCUGCUGCGAUGCGGCAGCGCUUGCUCACUUCACACAUUCCAUCCACAAAUACUGAAGAAAUAUCCUUUUCUCUCUCUGUAUUAUCGUCCACAUUAAUCCUAACCAUCAGCACAUCCGGCCAAAAAAGUAACUUCAAAACUCUUAUUGUUAUUGCAAACAAAACAAAGCUAAGUAUUUUUUUUUAUAAAGUUGUGUCCAUCUAUGAGGUUUUUGUGUCUGGUAAGAAUAAUAUCUGUUCCUCAGGGCAUUCAAAUAUUGUUGUAUUUACAGAAUAACUAGAACAGGUUUAGAUAUUUUUGUACUCUAUGUCACCUGUCCAGAGUUCAAUGACUAUUGCAGAAUUGUAUAUUCUGUGUGAAGCGAACACAACAGAGAGUGAUGCUGAACAGUGUUACAUACCGUAUGUUUAUUCUACAUAUGCAACAACUCUCUCUGAAGGGCAACAUUGAGUUUAUGGUUAAUUUGUAACAGGAGUCUGGUCCUAACACAGGAUAUCUGUUGAAUCCACUAAUGCUCAGACAUGGAUAAGCUUUGUUGUCAGCACAUUUACCUAGACACAAGUUAGCUUUACCUUCUCGGUUAUCUUGCGAUAUUGCACCAUUAUUAUAGAUAUUGUUAAAACACAAUAUGAUGUUUUUUCGGCCGCUUUUUAUCGUUCAUAAAGCUUAGGCACAGUUGUGUGAGGCUUGUUAAAUGCACACACUUAUUACCCCACCUUCUUGAUAUUCACUUUAACUAUUUUGAAUAAUGGACCACUUAGUUGAGUGGCUCUUUUUUAAUUCAAACUAUAUAGUGUGCAGUUAGUAGUUGAGUCUCUUCAACACAUUUUAACAUGCUGUAUAUGAUGCUGGUAGUCUGUGGGCCUGUCGAGGGUUCGGCACAAUGUUACCUUGUUAUAGUGUUCACAUGUAUUCACUCAGUAUCCUGUUUUAUCCCCCUUUUUUAAAACUUCAGGCUCCAGCCAAAGUGAAAUUUUAUUUUUUUUGAGUUUAUUGUUGUCACUUACUCCUGCUUUAAAGGAAAACUCCAUCCACAAAAGUACUAUUUGUAAAUUGAUUACUCAGCCUGGUACCUCAAAUUCUAGAGUUGUUCUUGCAUGUAUCCACUGUAACCUAUAUCAAAAGACAGAACAAAGCUCUUGAUGGAUGUGAAUGCUUAACAACACCAAAAGUAUUGUUUUGCAUUCAUUUUUACUAGAAGCUUACUUUUAAACAUGUAAUGCAAUGGAAAAAAACAAUUGAAUAGGCUGAGUCAUUGAAAUACAAAGGGUUUUCCUCUAAUGCUUUAGUAUCUCAAAGGAUGCUAAUAUGAAGUGCUUAAUCUUUGCACUAGCAGCUUUAAAGCAUCGAGCUGAGGACACUCAGUGAGGACAUUAGAGGUUUCUCAAUACUCUAAUUUCCCCUCCUCGACUCCUAUCCGCGAGAGGAGCCCACAGGAGAUGCGAGCGGAGGACUGAGGAGGGGAACCGAGGAGUUGAGGAAGGGAAAUUAGAGUAUUGAGAAACCUCUAUUGUCAGCAAGAUGAGCGCUGCCUGUAACCAUGGUUACUGGUCAUUUGACAUUGCCUUGUGACUCACUUAGUAAUUUAUAUUCAGACAUGUACGUGUUUUUCUCAGUAUAGUAAUGUGCCCAACAUUUGUUUUUCAGAAUUAUACAGUGAUAGCUAUGCAGCAAAACAUACUCAGUUUUAUUCUGUCAAAGGUAUUUUACUCAAAUAUUAUGCAUUACUCAAGACGACAACUCAUUUUAGACAUUAGUGGGCAACAUUUUAUACUCUGUUGUAUUUUGAUGUAUGUUUCAUAUCUUUUAACAAUCAGGCAAAAACACAUUUAGUGGUCUUUUCAUAAUAGCACUUAAAAAUGACUUUAUUAAUGUAUUCCUUUUGUUUAGCUAAUAACAAUCAUUUUAACAUAGUUGUAUCUCCGUUAUAGAGACAAAUGAAUGUGUUAUUACUAUAGCAAAAGCUUGAUUCAAAGUCGAAAUAAAAAGAAAGUGUACAACUGUGAUUUGACAGUACAUUGUUGCCGGUUUGACGUUUUUAAUGUGGAGACGAAGCGCUGUAAAUGAUUAGCUUUGAAGUUGGCCUAUGUUCUCAUCACUAUCUGUUGCUCAGUUUAAAGAACCUCAUUCCGGCAGUAGGCAACAUAUUACAUUUCUGUGCACAGUUCCCUUUAAUAAACUGCUGUUAAAUUUGAAAA